CACACAUGUUGAACAAGAAAGAACAGAGAAGCCACAUUAUAAGGAGAGAAAAAAGGAUUGAGUGUUGGUCUUAAAGGAAUAGUAUAAAAUGGUCAUAUCCCUAAUUAUGGAAAUGGUGAUUGUGGAAUGUGUUGCUCAAAUUCUCCAUCUCCAUUACCUUAAACCAAAGGUAGCUAUCAAUGAUGACAACUUUUUUCUGAGAAGAAGAUAGAGCAUGAAGAAACAAUAUGAGUUUCUUUGUUAAAUCCCAGUCUUCUUCUUCUUCUUCUUCUUGUUCUUCUUCUUCUUCCUCUUCCUUCCUCCUCCAUGUCUUUUUCCGGCCUAUGUCUACAGAUUUCUCUCACCCUCCGUUCUCCACUCACGACCAUACCACUCCUCCCCUCACCAUUAUCCUCACUCUCAUCCUCCUCGCCUUCCUCCUCGUCGGUUUCUUCUCCAUUUACUUCUGUCGCUGCGUUAUGGACUCUCUCCUCCACUCUCGCAAUCUCCGUCGCUCCCCUUCCGGCAACCUCCUCCACCCGUCCUCUGAUUCCCCUGCUCCUCCUCCUGGCCUUGACCCUCUUCUCAUCAACUCCUUCCCCACCUUCCCUUACUCUGGAAUCAAGGAGUUUCGUAGCGAUAAAUUCGGAUUAGAAUGCGCAAUUUGUUUGCUUGAAUUCGACGAUGAUAGCUUCCUCCGUCUCCUCACUAAUUGUUACCAUGUCUUCCAUCAAGAAUGCAUUGAUCUCUGGCUUGAAUCCCACAAGACCUGCCCUGUUUGUCGUCGGAACCUCGACGCCGAUUCCCCUAGAGAUUCUUCUGAUAAGCCACUUGAUCCUAAUUCCAACACUGAUAAUCCACCACGAAAUGCCCAUCAUGAAUCCAUUGAAGAUGCAAUUAGUAUUGACAUUGAUGACGAUGUGGACGACGACGACGAUAAUGCCGAUGCUGAUGACGAUCAUCACCCUUCUGGUAAUUUGAACAAGGGAAAACAGAGUAUAAGAAAAACAGAGGAGGAUCAGGAAGAAAGUAUCAAGAGAUUUUCGAGGUGCCAUUCGACGGGGCAUUCGAUCGUGAAGGCAAGAAGAGAGGGGGAACAAGAUAAACAUAAGUUGAGAUUGCCGGAGCAUAUAAAGAUUAAGAUCAUUAGAGGGCAUAACUGGACAGGGAGUUGUGUGACUUUUGAGGAAUUCUUGCGUAAUCCUGGCAAUGGCGGUGGGUUUUCAGAGCUCUCGGAAUCCGAUGAUCGAAUCAACUUACCGAAACCGCCAUGAUCGGCGUUCUUCACUUCGAUCAUUCUCUUCUCUGUCUAUCAGUUUUGUUUUGAUGUAUUGAGUUCAAAAAGGGGUAGUUGUUUUUGUUUAGGUUUGUUCUUCCACUUAUUUUUUGCGGAUGUUAAAAGUUUUAGCUCUUUUCUUUAUGAAUCUUUGAGAAAAGUUUUUAUUUAUAA